GAUAAAAGAAGAAAACACAGCAGAGGACCAACAGAGAAGAUGAUGAUGAUGAUGAUGAUGAUGAUGAUGAUGAUGAUUAUGAUCAAACUUCCACAGAGUCUCAGACUUCUAUCUGUAAUGCUGGAGAACAGCAGAUGCUGCAGAUACCAGCGAAGAAUGAAGUGAAGCUGGAGGAGAUAAAAGAAGAAAACACAGCCGAGGAACAACAGAGAGAAGAUGAUGAUGAUGAUGAUGAUUAUGAUCAAACUUCCACAGAGUCUCAGACUUCUAUCUGUAAUGCUGGAGAACAGCAGAUGCUGCAGAUACCAGCGAAGAAUGAAGUGAAGCUGGAGGAGAUAAAAGAAGAAAACACAGCCGAGGAACAACAGAGAGAAGAUGAUGAUGAUGAUGAUGAUCAAACCUCCACAGAGUCUCUGACUUCUGUCUGUAAUGUUGGAGAACAGCAGAUGCUGCAGACACCAGUGAAGAUGAAGACGUGUUCAGUGAAGCUUCUGGACUGCAGGAAUCUGAUGAAGAUGAGAGGAGACCCCACAGCAGAGGAACAACAGAGAGAUGAUGUUUUCUUUUCUUCAGAGCUGAUGGAAGUGAAAGAGGAAAGUCAAGAACCGAUUGAAGUGGAGGAGAAACCUCGUGAUUUCAAAAUUGGAGAAAAAUCUUUGAGUGACUCAAAAAAGCCUAAAAUAAAAGCAGCCAAUGAAUAUUUAACCUGCUCUCAGUGUGGAAAGAGUUUAACAUGUAAUAAAGAUCUUAAUGUACACAUGAGAAUUCAUACUAGAAAGAAACCUUACAAGUGCUCACACUGUGGAAAAAGAUUCACUCGGUUAAAUAACCUGAAAACACAUAAGAGAAUUCAUAUGGGAGAAAAACCUUACAAGUGCUCACACUGUGGAAAGAGUUUCACUCAGAUAAGUUCCCUGAAAAUACACGAGAGAAUUCAUACUGGAGAAAAACCUUACAAAUGCUCGCACUGUGGAAAGAGUUUCACUCAGAUAAGUUCCCUGAAAAUACACGAGAGAAUUCAUACUGGAGAAAAACCUUACAAGUGCUCACACUGUGGAAAGAGUUUCACUCAGUCACAACAGCUGAAAAAACACAAGAGAAUUCAUACUGGAGAAAAACCUUACAAGUGCUCACACUGUGAAAAUAGUUUCACUCUGUCAGUCAACCUGAAAACACAUGAGAGAAUUCAUACUGGAGAAAAACCUUACAAGUGCUCACACUGUGGAAAGAGUUUCACUCAGUUAAUUUCCAUGAAAUCACACGAGAGAAUUCAUACUGGAGAAAAACCUUACAAGUGCUCACACUGUGGAAAGAGUUUCACUCUGUCAGUCAACCUGAAAUCACAUGAGAGAAUUCAUACUGGAGAGAAACCUUACAAGUGCUCACACUGUGGAAAGAGUUUCGCUCAGUUAAAAUACUUAAAAAGCCAUAAGAGAAUUCAUGCAGGAUAGUCUUUUCAAAUAAUUGUGAUGACUUCUCCACCAGAAGAUGGCAGCACCUGCAAUCAUUAGACUACAUGCCCGUAUUGGUGGUGUGAUGUUGUACAACUUGCAUCUUGAGAACAUUUUAUGUAUGUACUGUAUUGUUGUUCUUGUGUUCCAGAUGAUCAGGUGCUGAUGUGAGCAGAACCCAACUAAAUGUGAAUCUUUGCAAAAGCAAUGUGCUGAAGUUGUUGUUUGUUUCCAUUUGUAGCAUAAAGUUGAUUACAAGAAAAAACAACACGCAACCCCCCUACAAUGUUAAAAGUCCACCCACUCCUCGUUCUUAUAUUUCUAUAAAUCAAAAUGUGUGUCAAAAUGACCGCUUUUCAUUUCUGCUCUAAAGUGACAUCACUUUAGGGCAGGCCCCACCCACGACUGAUGACGGACUCCACCCUAUUGUCAUAGAUCCACCCGUGAGUGAUCUACACACAGUCUGCCAUUUUUUUUCCACGCUGGAGAAGAUACAGUGAGAAGAAUAAUGUCUCGGCAUCGUAAGCAUCAUAAGUGUUCUGUUGAAAAUGUGAUUCUCAAGCAUGAUCAGAAACAACUGUUCGUGUUCCAGCUUUAUAUCCUGAAGAUGUAUCACACGUUAUAUUUUGUGAAUGUUUGCAAAUUGCGUUUCUGAAUGUGCUUGUCAGCUGAUUCCACGGCUAAUGCAGCAAAAGUUAGUGUUGUCUCUGAUUGUAUUCACCAGAGCUAUGACGGGGGCGGAGAGUAGCAGCUCAUUUGCAUUUAAAGACACACAUGAAAACAGCGUGUUUUUGAUUCCAUCCAAAAAGAGGCAUUUACAACAUGGUAUAAUAAAUGAUCCGUGGGGUAUUUUGAGCUGAAACUUCAGACACAUUCUGGGGAUACCUGAGACUUGUAUGACACCCUGUAAAAAGGGGCAUAAUCGGUCUCCUUUAAAUCAUUGUUUUACAGUCUGUGGCAGGGCAGGCGACCUUUAUCCAUCUAGGAGGCUUGAUUAGUCUGAUAAGGGACCGGGUGUGUAUGAUCACGACCCGGCUCCGCCCUACCACAUUCCUCCCUCGUUCUCUCAGGCAAGGGAGCCCCCGGCAUGAUGUACACCCCCCCCCCCCCUCUUUCCCUGGGGAGGGGCGUGCACUGGGAUUCUGUUUGAAAUGACCUGACUCUUGUGUGACAUUUGUUCCUCUUGUAAACAAAGUUCAUGCUUUAUUUUAAGUUCAUUUUUUUUUUUUUUUUUUUUACACAAAUCUAUCGAUUUACUUCAGAAGAAUUGAUUGAUGACUACUGGAGUCGUUUGGGUUACUUUUAUCCUGCCUAAAUAUGACUUUUGGACCGUCAAACAGCUGGCACCCAUUCACUUGCAUUGAAUGGACAUACAGAGCUGAAAUGUGCUUAUAAAAAUCUUCAUUUCGGUUCUUUUGAGGAAGGAAAGAUGUACACAUCUAGAAUGGCUUAAAUAUGAGUCAAUCAUGAGAGUUUUUUUAACUAUUCCUUUAACUUGUGUUGAACCUGUAAUUGUAUUAUUUUAAAUCCAGGAUGCAGACUAAUAAAAUACAAAACUAAUAAA